AACAGAAAAAAAAAUCAUCAAAAAUGUGCAAAAACGAUUUGUAAAUAAUUAAAAACACAAAAUUGUAUGUUCCAACUGAAGCAAAAAGUAGGCCAAAUAUAAAUAUUACAUAUACGCCACCGUCACAAGGCAUCAACCCAGCUCGCUUGCACUCUCUCUCUCUCUCUCUCUCUCUCUCUCUGUCUAUCUCUCUCUGUCUCUGUCUGUCUCUGCCCUUCGCUUUUAUCAAUAUUGAAUGAGCCCAAUGAGUGGACUGCGCCAUCAGCUAAAGAUGUUGGGCACAGCGCUGCUUGGCAAACGGGCCACAAAGCCCGUUAAAAAGAAACCCUUCACAGAUGUGGAAAUAAGCGAUCUGCGCACCGCAUUCGACCUAUUAGACAGAAAUCGAGAUGGACGCGUUACGGCAAAUGAAUUGCAGUUUAUGCUCAAGAAUCUGGGCAUUAAUGUGCGUGAUGAAAUUAUACAUGAUCUCAUACGUGAGGCGAGCCAUUCAGGCAACGGCUUAAUCAACGAGGCCGAGUUUCUGCAGUGGGUGGGCAGAAUCCAGGCGCUGCGAGACGAGCAGCAGCAACAGCACGAUGACAGCACCAGCAAUGCCAGCAAACCCAUCGACGAGGCUGACGACGUCACCGAGGAUCUAAUAGCUGCAUUUAGAGUAUUUGAUCGUGAUGGCAACGGGUUUAUCACACGAGAUGAACUGCAGACGGCAAUGGAAAUGAUUGGGGAGCCCUUGAAUGAGCAGCAGGUGGAGCAGCUGCUCGCCAUUGCCGACUUGGAUCAGGAUGGCCGCAUUAAUUACGAGGAGUUUACGAGACUUUUGCUGUAAGCGACGAACGUAACGCAAUUUCGUUUGGAUUGGGCAAAAGCUUAGCGAAUGAAACUUAAUUAUACUCAGUCAGAAUUCAUGAAUGUUUUAUACAAAA